UUCAAUUUGGGCGAUUGUCUUAGAUGUGAAAAAAUAUGACAAAGGGUCGCGCGGUUAAUGCCGGUAUUAUACAAUCAAUAAGGUUAGAAUGAAGUUUCUAACCUCAUCUUGUAUACCUGUAUACACGUACCGAAUUUUAAAGGAGGAAUCACGUUUUAUAUAUUAAAACACAAGUUUCGAUAAAACUGAUAGUUGCAGAUAUCCAGUUUAAUUUGGUUACUUAUGAUAGAUGUGAAAAUAUAUAACAAAAGUGCAAAUUGUUGAUCGCACAAUGGAGUCAGUAUCCGAUAUGCUUGGUAUCGACAAGGUAAAUAUGGGUGGAAAAAUAAUUUUAAUCGAAGAACGUCACGACAUCAAUGCAAGCUUCUUAUUAAAUUCAAUUAUUUUUGAUGCGUUGAAAAAGAAUUAUGGUAUCUGUUUUGUACUUUUUCAUAAUACUUUUAACCAUUAUCAUAAUGUAAGUAUGAAAUUUGGCUAUAACCUUACAAUAUUAAGAGAAGAAGGUAAGGUUAAAAUUGUAGAGCCAAUGAAAGUAAUUGCAACCAUUAUGCAAUGCAUAGAUGGAAAUACAACAAAUAAGUUAAAUGUACCUGUUACCAAACCGUCAUUUGAUAACAAGGACAAUAUAAUCCUCAAUUUGCUUACUGUUAUUAAAAAUGCAUAUCUUGAAAUGACAAAACAUGAUAAUCCUGUAAUUAUUGUAAUUGAUGAUUUAAGUCAUCUAUACAACUUAGGAUUCAGUUUGAAAGACACCAUGUAUUAUGUUAGAUAUUUAAGAUCACUGGUUGAAUUUAACAAUGUAUCUCAACUUUGCCUUGUAAUUCAUACAUACGAACGCGAAUUGCAUAGUUGUAUUCUCAAUACAUUUGUACAUAGUCUGAAACAUAUGGCACACUUAUUUGUUAUGGUUGAACCUUUUGAAACAGGAUAUUCAAGUGACGCGUCUGGAAAAAUAACGGUGAAUUGGAGAAUAGAUAAUAUCAGAAGAAAAUAUAAUUGGUCAGAGAUAGUAAGGUACAUUUACAAAUUAUCAGAUCGUCAAGUAAAAAUUUAUACACCUGGUACAUUAGCCAUGUUGGUAUAGAAUAAAGUUUCUAAAAUUUAUUUACAAUUAUAUCAUUAUGUACAUUUAUACAUAUGUGUUCGUGCGUGCGUGUAUAUUAUAUGCAUUUACAUAUAAAAAUUCAAAUAAAAUAUUUUUUCAAUUA